GGAGGCGCCUCUUCCUGCUCGAGCCUGCUGGAGGCACAGGCCACAUCUGCACGGAAGGCGGGGUCGCUGCGCCGCCGCCCCCCACCGCACCGGCGCUUGCACAACCGGCCCGCGGCUUGCAGACACGCUCUGCCUUCUUUGCUUGGCCCCCACGCCGCCGACAGCCCGGACUCCCCGAGGAUCUUGCAUCCGGAAGGUGAGCCUUCGCAGCCUGGCGGCCCUGCCCGCACCAUGCCGGCCCUGCUGCUCCUCGGGACCGUGGCGCUGCUGGCUUCGGCCGCUGGCCAGGCCGGGGCACGCCCGUCCAAUGCCUCGAGCGCCGCGGCUGCCCCCGGCCCGCUGCCCGCGCUGCUGGCUCACCUGCGGCGCCUGACCGGGGCGCUGGCAGGCGGCGGGGGCGCGGCGGGCCCGGCCGCCAACAGCACGCGGAGCAGCCCCGCGGGUGCGAGCGGCUCCGGCGGCUCGGGAGCGGCGGCCAGGGCGCCCCCGCCUGCCGAGCUCUGCCACGGCUACUACGACGUCAUGGGCCAGUACGACGCCACCUUCAACUGCAGCACCGGCUCCUACCGCUUCUGCUGCGGCACCUGCCACUACCGCUUCUGCUGCGAGCACCGCCACAUGCGCCUGGCGCAGGCCUCCUGCUCCAACUACGACACGCCGCGCUGGGCCACCACGCCGCCGCCGCUGGCCGGGGGCGCGGGGGGCGCGGGGGGCGCGGGCGGGGGCCCCGGGCCCGGCCAGGCCGGGUGGCUGGAAGGAGGCCGGGCCGGGGGCGCGGGGGGCCGCGGGGGCGAGGGCCCCGGGGGCAGCACGGCCUACGUGGUGUGCGGGGUCAUCAGCUUCGCCCUGGCCGUGGGCGUCGGCGCCAAAGUGGCCUUCAGCAAGGCGUCGCGUGCGCCCCGAGCGCACCGGGAGAUCAACGUGCCCAGGGCCCUGGUGGACAUCCUGAGGCAUCAGGCAGGGCCUGGGACCCGCCCCGACCGCGCCCGAAGCAGCUCCCUGACCCCGGGCCUCGGGGGAUCCGACAGCAUGCCCCCCAGGACGCCCAAGAACCUCUACAACACCGUGAAGCCCUCUAACCUCGAUAACCUCCACCACAACUACCUGCACCUCAACGUCAACAGUCCCAAGCACCAUGCCGCCACUCUGGACUGGCGGGCCAUGCCACCGCCCAGCCCCUCCUUGCACUACUCCACACUGUCCUGCUCUCGAUCCUUCCACAACCUCUCCCACCUGCCCCCAUCCUACGAGGCUGCUGUGAAAUCGGAGCUCAACCGCUACUCCUCCCUCAAGAGGCUGGCCGAGAAGGAUCUGGAUGAGGCCUACCUGAAGCGGCGGCACCUGGAGAUGCCCCGUGGAACGCUGCCCCUGCACGCUCUGCGGAGGCCAGGCACAGGAGGCGGUUACCGCAUGGAUGGCUGGGGAGGCCCCGAGGAGCUAGGCCUGGCGCCUGCACCCCACCCACGGCGGGUCAUGUCCCAGGAGCACCUGCUGGGUGACAGUCGGGCCUCGCGCUGUGAGUUCACGCUGCCCCGUGCGCGCCUGGUGUCCCAGGAGCACCUGUUGCUGUCCUCACCCGACGCCCUGCGCCAGAGCCGUGAGCACCUGCUGUCACCCCCGCGCAGCCCUGCGCUGCCUCCCGAGCCCCCCGCCCGGGCCAGCCUGGCUGCCUCGCACUCCAACCUGCUGCUGGGGCCCGGAGGGCCACCCACCCCACUGCAUGGCAUGCCACCACCCUCAGGCCUGCUUGCCCACCAUCACCACCACGCCCUGCACGGCUCCCCCCAGCCCACCUGGAUGUCUGACGCGGGCGGGGGUGCGGGCACGCUGGCCCGCAGGCCACCCUUCCAGCGCCAGGGCACCCUGGAGCAGCUGCAGUUCAUCCCCGGCCACCACCUGCCCCAGCACCUGCGCACGGCCAGUAAGAAUGAGGUGACUGUCUGAGGUGGGGUCCGGGCAGAUCCCCUCAACCCAGCCAGGAUCCUACCCGCAGGCCCCCAUCCAGGGGCCUGCCACCCAGAGGGGUCCUUGGACUGGAGACGAAGCCUCCUUCAGGAUCACUGCAGACAAGAUCCUCCUUCUAGUACUGUUUGCACCACGCCUCCUUCCCAUGAGGUCAUCACAGAGGAAGGGGCCUGCCUGGGAGGCCAUCCCUGGAGGCUACGACAUCACCACAGACGGCUUCCCUGUGGUGCCAUUGCAGACAAUGCCUUGUCCCACGCCAUCUUCCCACAAGACAGAGUCCAUCCUAGAUGUGGCUGCAGAGACCAACCUCACCCUGCAGGUGUCAGCUUGGCAUCACCAUGGGAGAUGUCACCUGAUGCCAUCCCUUCAGACAAAGCCAUCUCCCCUGGGGGAAACGCCCUGCCAGCUGGGUUCCCUCUGCAGAUCUGCCUCCUCUCCGCCAUGCCUUCACAGGCCUCCACCCCUCCCUGUGAUGACAUCACCAGAGAAGGUGCCUUGCCCUAUGACGCCAUCAGAGGGAUUGUACCUCUUCCUGUGAUGUCAUCGGCAGACACACCACACCCCUGGGGACAUCUCCAUGACGACUUUUCUGCAAUGUCACCCCUGGGUGUCAUCCCCGUGGAGAGGACACCAGGAGACACCUCCACUGUUGUGACCUGUGAGGAAGGGCCUCCACGUCCACAGUCACCUGGGAAGAUGUCACAUGCUGUCUGAGGAGUAUCAGCACGGGCGGGCUGACACAACCAGCUGUCUGCAGGUCGGUGGUGAUGCCCAUCCAUGCUGAUAUCCUCGCCAGGAGUUUCCACUUCAGAGGAAGUCACCCUGUCCCCAGAGUCCUUGCAUUGUCCCACCAUGAUUUGGGUUGGAAGCUUAUUUCCCUCCCUAGGGAUGUCUUCCAGACCCUUUGAAGGGAGGUUGGCCUUAGGGUCCUGCACUGUGUGGUGAUUCCUUGGGGAUAGUUCCCGUGGAAGGACUUCUGCUCCAAGAUCAUUCUCUGCCCACCAGGCUCCUUAAAGUCCUGGGACUCGUGGUGCCCCAAACGCUGGCAUCACUUCUUUCUGCCAUAUCUAGAGACAUCAUGAUCAGCAGCAGCCCUAUGGACAAAGUCCUAACCUCCUCUUAGAAAGGAAGGGUCAGGGUGUGUGUGCUACUGACCCUCAAUGGCAUCAUCAAUACCACUCAGUGUCACCACUCGUGGUGGCACUGCACUUGGGGACAAAUGUUAACUGUGUCACUUCCUGGGAGCACCUAGAGUGUCACCCUCCCUCUUCCAGGAUUUACCAUGACUGACGGUGAUUCCUUCAACCAUGACACCGUCAUCUCCCCCAAAUCCAUGACAGCUGUGGUGUUGGUGUUAUCUCCUGGGAUUCAGUGUGGACAGUGAUGUCUUUCCCUUCCAGAAUUUGUUUAUUCUAUCAGGACUCCUGAGGACUGACGAUGUACGCUUCCCAGAGUUCCUCCAGCUGUGACGUCCUCACCGCCUAGGCGACAUCACACACAUCUUCAGGCCCAGGUCCCCCACGGCUAUGACAUCAUCGCUUCCCAUGAUGCAUUGUAAUCACUGCGUCCUCACCUCCCAGGACCCCUAAGAGCCAGUGGUGUUGUCAUCUCCUCAGACCAACUUCAAUCACAGUGUCUCCAUGUCCCAGGAUCCAUGUGAGCCAAUCAUGUCCCCACCUCCCAGGGCCUACAUCAGCCAUGGUGUCCUCCCCUUCUAGGAGCCAUGAGAGCCAAGACUGUCCCCAUCCACUGGGACCUGCCAUCACCACACCAGGAUCUAGGACAGCUGGAGGUGUUGUCAUUUCCCAGGGUCCAUUUCAGCCAUGGUGUCCUCACCUUCCAGGAUCCACUGCACCCGUGCCAUAACCUACCAGGAAUCUCCAUCGUAGGGACCAAAUGCCAUGGCAGGCUAGGAGAGGGGUGGCACUUACAGUUGUCCCCUCAGGGGAGCCAGCACAACAUGCCAUUUUCCCUUCCCUCAGAUGAACCAGGCUGGAGUCCGAUGUCCCCACAGACUCUGGGUCCUCCUGGGUUGUGUCACUGCCUCCCUCCUGAGCUGAGUGAAGGCCUGGAUCAGUUCCACACAGACCUGGCCUUUGCCAGGGUUCUCUCACCCACUGGCGAGGACAUCCAGGCUCUUUCUAAGAAGCCCACUGCUCCUCACCAGCCAUCCAUCCCAUUGGUGACAGGGUCAACUCUGUGACCUCUCAUAGUAACCAGAGGUGGGGCUGGCCAGCCAUUGGAUAGCAUCACUGCCCCUUGCCCAAUUCCUGGCACCUGACCCCCUCCUGGGAUCAGAGCUCGCUGGCUUGGGCCACACUCUCCUCAGAGGACACCCCUGGCCCUGGGGGAAGGGCCAGCAGCUGAUAACCCAACCCACAUGGAGCCUUUAGCACUGCCCUCUGCUGGCCUAGUCCUUGGGGCAGGUAUGCCUGACAGCCAUGGUUUCUGCAGGAGCCAAGGAGGCUCCUCAUCCCUCCCCCCAACAUACCAGGGAGUGCCAGGGUGGGGGGGGGUUCAGGGAGUCCCCAAAGCCCAGCACACAAUUUGUCCCCAGUUCUUUGUAUAUAGCCAUGUUGCAGGGGGCGGCCAUUCCCCACUCUUAAAGGGCUACAUGCCCCCCCCAGCCCCAAGGGCAAGGUGUGGGGGGGCCUCUUCUUCCUCCCCUGGGCCGCCCCUCCCUCUUCUGUCUCCCCUCAAAUACUGGCCCCUUAGCUUAUCUUUUCUUGUCAGAGCCUGGAGCAGAUAAUGGCUGGAGGCUCUUAACACACUGAGGAACUCCCCAUCCACCCAGGCCUGGCCUAGCUUUUGGUCUCAUUGCUGAUGGCUGAUGCCAUGGGCUACCUCGUCCCUUCUAGGGUCUCCCACUGUCCAUCAGGUGGUGGCCAGCCCAGAGGAGCUGGCUGGAACAGCCGUCCAUGCCUGGGUGCAACCCCUAUGCUUUCCGCCCCCACGGGACACUCAGCUUUCUCCAACCCCCGGAAUCUGGGGUGUUCCUGGCCAAAGCUUUUGUACACCCUCAACUUGACCUCUCCCAGGCUGGGUUUGGGACUCUGGGUGCCAGCCCCACCCUCCACUCACUGGGUACAGGCUGCCCGCCCUUAGGGCCUUGGCCUCUUUAUCUCAAGCCAUAGUGAGGAGAGGUCUCAAGGUGGCCUAGUAGGCUAUGCUGCUCCGUCCACCUCCAUGCUUCCAGACCUGGGGUCUGGCCUCCCCUUCGAUGCUUCCAGAGCUGAAGUCUGGCCCUUUGAGUCUUCCCCUGCCCCCAAUAUGUCCACAUGAACAUGCACAUGUACACGCACACCCUGGCAUGCCGGCGAGACGCUUCUGGCUGGGGGCCACAGAAGGGGUGUCACAGUGAUAGGGACAGACCAGAGGACCCUCCACAACUCUGUCCCCCUCUCCUUACCCAUCCCUUUCCAGUCUUCUCUCUUAACACAGGUCCCUAACCCUGAACUUCCCGGUGAGGACAGCCAGAGGGGCUGUGAAUUGCUAUUUUUUUUUUUUAAAUAAAGACAUUUUCCUGACUUGCGGUCCCACGUUUCCUGCAGGGAAAGGAGGGGUGCCCUCCCACCAGUGUGCAGUAGGGAAUAACCAGGGCCACAGCAUGCUGGCCAGUGGCUACCACUGGUCUCCAGGGGCCUCAGAGAUUACCACAUUGAGGGGAGGGCAUAGAAUGUGCUUGUGCCUUGUGGGAUAGACUGG